CUUCUCUAGAGCAGCUGUUUGGGGUUUGAAAUUCCAACAUGGCAGAGGCAGUGGUCAGUCUUCCCCACACUAACUUGGAAUGGUUUCAAGUCGCUUAACCCGCGCAAGCAUUCAUCAGCGAGCCCGUCGGAUCGAUGCCGCUCUAACCCGAGAGGUUAUCCUGUCAUACUAACAGGCUUAAAGAUGCAGUGGACCCCAGAGCAUGCGCAGUGGGCCGAGCAACAUUUCGACAUCUCAUCCACCACACGUUCCCCCGCACAUAAAGCAGAGGCAUACCGUGGACACCUGCAGCGGACCUACCAGUAUGCCUGGGCCAAUGACGAUAUAUCAGCACUGACGGCCUCCAACCUUCUGAAAAAGUAUGCAGAGAAGUAUUCCGGUAUCCUGGAGGGUCCCAGUGAGCGGGCGCUCCUGUGCUCGUACUCCGAGAGCGCCCCAGGACUCUUAAACGGACGCAAGUCGGAAAGCGAAGCAUGGCAGGAGGGGAUCUACCCAAUGAGCUGUGCUGCAGAUGUGGUUUCUGCAAGUAAGACUGGCAUGACGCCUGCUCUGCCUCCUCCAGAUGUGACGGCAAGCGUUGGCAGCUCCGCAGGGGUGGCGAGUAGCUUGAGUGAGCCCAGCUACUCCAGCAGUAACUGCGGGAAUCAUGCGUCUACUGCACUGCACUCGGGGAUCCCCUCUCAGGAAUUCGCUAGCAGUUACAAUGGCUCAUACUUGCAUUCUACUUACAGCGGCGGGCAAAGCACACCAGCUCUCCCAUCCCCACAUCCCUCACCUUUGCACAGCGCUGGGCUUCUUCAGCCUCCACCUCCGCCACCUCCAACCCUAGUGCCCAGCUACAAUGCAAGUUCCCCCAAUCUCUCCAGUUACAAUUACCCUCCAGCUGGUUAUCCCCCACAGACUGCUGUUGCCCCAGGCUACAGCCCAGGAGGAGCACCCCCUCCCUCAGCUUACUUGCCCUCAGGCAUUGCUGCCCCCACUCCCCUGCCCCCUUCCACCCUUCCCGGUUACUCCUACCAGUCCCACAACCAUGCGCCAAUUGCACCAACACCUUUGAACGGCAGCUCGGCCAACACAUUGAAAAGAAAAGCGUUUUACAUGACGGGCCAGGGAGAUAUGGACUCCAGUUAUGGAAAUUUCAACUACAGCCAGCAGCGUUCUGCUCAAAGCCCCAUGUACAGAAUGCCAGACAACAGUCUUGUUGACUCAACCAGAGGGAAUGGAUUUGACAGGAACGCUGACACAUCAUCUUUGGCAUUUAAGCCCACGAAGCAGUCAAUGCCACCGGAUCAACAGCGGAAAUUCGGCAGCCAGUCCGGGAGGGCACUAACCCCUCCUUCUUAUGGAUCCUCCAAAGGCUCCUUGGGACCCCUGCGACCAGGCGAGUCGUUUGGAAAGUUCGGCUCCCCGGUUUUGAGUGACCACGGUGACGACAACAGACAGCAUCACCCCCAUUCCAUUGGCACAGCCACUUCAUCCAGCCACCCCGCUGAGGAGCAGUUAAAAAACAGCGAUGCUAGUUUGGUAGAGAUGGUCACCACUGAGAUUCUGCAGCAGACACCCCCUGUGGACUGGAGUGACAUUGCUGGACUGGAGAUGGCAAAGGCCACCAUCAAAGAUGAGGUCCUGUGGCCUAUUCUGAGGCCAGACAUGUUCAGCGGCAUGGCCACAUUACCUCGCAGCAUCCUUCUCUUUGGACCUCAGGGCACGGGUCGGACUCUGCUCGGCCGGUGUAUGGCCAGUCAGCUUGGAGCAGCUUUUCUUCUUCUAAGUGGCUCUGCACUGGUCACAAAAUGGCUUGGAGAGGGCGAUAAGAUCGUCCAGGCCUCGUUCCUAGUUGCUCGCUGCCGGCAGCCUUCCGUGGUUUUCAUCAGCGACGUAGAUCUGCUGUUGUCUGCCCAGUUGAGUGAAGAAAGUCCUGUGAACCGAAUCAAGAGUGAACUCCUCCUCCAGCUCGAUGGAGUUCUAAGUUCUCCAGAGGAACAUGUUCUAGUAGUAUGUUCCACCAGCAAACCCGAAGAGAUUGAUGAGUCUCUACGAAGGUACUUUGUAAAGCGGUUGCUCGUCCCCUUACCGGAUGCCACCGCACGACACCAGAUAAUCAGCCAGCUGCUCUCACAGCACAACUACUGCCUCAGCGACAAAGAGGUUGCGCUGCUUGUUCAGCGGACAGACGGCUUCUCCGGGUUGGAUGUGGUCCGACUUUGCCAGGAGGCCAUGGUUGGUCCUCUCCAUGGCAUGUCCGGCGCAGACCUUUCCGGAAUGAUGCCAGGUCAGAUGAGACCGGUUUCGUACCAAGACUUUGAGAAUGUGUUUUGCAAAAUCCAGCCCAGCAUAUCCCAGAAAGAACUUGAUACAUACACUGAAUGGAAUAAGAUGUUUGGUUGUAGUCAGUAAAGAGCGGGGGCAUAAUGAAAUCUGUGGUGGCCUCCUCUUCUCUAAGAGGGGAUACAAUUCAGAAUUCUUUGGGUGACACAUGCAGUUAAAAAGUGUGGUUAUUACAAAUGUAGAUGACCCCUAAAGAAGAACCUGAAGGACGGUCUGAUACAGUUGAAUGAUGCAUGGCUGUACUUAAGUCAAGGUCUGGCCCUUUGCACAUAAUCCAGACAGAGAAAUACUGUUUUCUGGGCUCAGUACUGCAGACGCAGAGCUCCGCUUACCGAGAAACUCUGUAAGUGAGGACAAACUUCUUUGUGUGUAAAUAUCAUUCUGCUGUUUUUGAGAUUUUGUUGCUAUGAAGUGCCUGAAGUGGUGCUUUAUUGAUUUGUAUUUGGAUUUGUUUGCCUCACCAUCUACAUUGGUGGCAUGUGCUAAUAUAGAGAGCUUUAACAUGAAACUAAAUCAGACAUGUUCUGCUUUUCGUUCCUUUCCUUGUUUUUCGACACUUCUCUCAAAAGAACAACAGUAUUCCUCAAUCAAGUCUGACCUGUAGACCCCAGGAAGGGCAGGAGAAGGUCCGUGUUGUACUUUGAAUCUGGAUCAUAAGUUAUGAAAUUCGUUUGUGUUUGAUUUUCUUCAAAAACUCAGGAAAGUGAUUGUGAUUUGUACAGUACCUCAAAAAAGAUUAUGCGAUAGCACUACAUACUGCUGACUACAUUGGGUUUGGUUUCUAAUUUGCUUCUUCUAAAAUUCUAGGUUUACCUCAAACAAUUAAAAAAAAAUGAAAAGGAUAUGACUAUGAAUGUAACCAGAACAUUUCUGGGUUGUUUGGAAGAAAAAUUUGGGGAGUUUCUUUCUCUUCCGUUAUAUUCUUAUUGUUCUUUCCAAAUUACGUUGAAAUUUCAUUGUGGACAUUGCUUUAAGUUUUGAAAGCAGAAUUGUGUGCCAGUAUUGACUACAGCACCUGUUCCUCCCUGCAUAGCAGUUCAGACUCUACAACGAACGCUCAGAAAUGGGCACUAUCUGUUGUGUAGAUAAGGUUAGUCCGAAACCACAUCCACGUCAGAGUAUGCAGUAGACGUCACUAUUUGCGUUUGUCUCCUUUCUGCAGAAUAGAGUUGGAGUGAACCAAAACUUUAGAAAGAGGCUACUAGAUUCUUGAAGUGGAAAUAUUUUCACAUUUUUCGUAACGGUUUCGUAUGUUUCGUUUUUGUUUCGGACUCUGUCCUGCUGCUGUGUGGUGUUGGUGUAAAGAUAUCUGAAGGAUCACGUGUACCCUGCAUUCUGUUCUACCUCAGUUUAGCACUAUUUUCUCUGCAACUAGAACAGAAAGAUGAGAGCUUGGUGUCUUCAACCUCUUUAGGUUUGCUCUGCUCUGAAGCCUCCAUAAAGAACAAGCUGCCUUUUUUUCCAAAAAAAAAAAUGAAAAAAAAAUGAAAGAAAAGAAACAACAAACGUUUGUCUACUACCUGUGCAAUUCUUCUGCUUCGAGUGCCCAGAUGACACUGAACACCCCUUUGUGUAAACACACACACAUAUAUUAUUGAUGGGGGUCUCUAUGGGGCCACUUACUGGGGCCACGUUGCCUAAAGUCAGAAACCUACUCUACGCAAGUAUGCAAGUGCUCAUAGCAACGCAAGUUAAAACAUUGCUAGCUUUGUUGCUUUCCAAAAUACGUCAGACUGCAAUUCAUAACAUAACACUGAAGUGUCGCCACUAUAAACUUUUUCUACAUUUAUGCUGCAUCUCAAUUUGCAUACUAUUUAUCCUAAAUAAUGUUCAAAAAUUAUAAUUACUGUGUCCCAAAUGGCUGUAGGCCUAUGCUGAAUGAGUAUUCCAAAGGUACUCAAGAUUUCAUGGAAACUUUAAUGGCUAAUAUUUCAAAUUAAUUACAACUACAAACAAAUGUAUAAUUAAUUUUUUUUGAUAAGUUAUUGAUAUCAUUAUAUAACAUCUAGAAUUUUGAAAAGAUACGUUUGGUCAUUAACCUUUAAAUGCAUCUUUAUGCAAAAAGACCGGCAGAUCAAUGUGGUACUUAAUUACUCUAAGGUGGUAUAACUGAUUUAAAUGCAAUCUGGAGGGUGUUAACUGUGACAACUUGAUUGACCGGGCAUGUUUAAACAGUGAUGGGAUACACGUAACCAAUCAACGAAGCGGUCUGCGCGAUAAAAAUUGCAUGUGCCAAUGAGAGCAUACUCUUAGGACUUUUAGGACUUGGUAUAAGGAUGCAGCAUCGAUACAGUUACUAAAAUGGUGACAUAACGGUUUAUCUAUAGACUCUUGCUGAGCAAGUUAGUCAAACACUUUAUAUUUUUAUGUUUGUGCACCCAGUUUCCUUACGCCACCUUGAGCAUGGAGGCAUCUUUUUCUUCAUUCAACAGGCUCUCGCAAUGCUUUAACUAAGCGUUUGCUUUUGUGUACUUGCAUACAGUAUGUUUCUAGCCCAAGGUAGCACAGGAUGUUGGUAACUGUAAGGGGAAACUUGUGUUUGAAUGUAUUUUUUUGUUUGUUUCUUGAUAUGUUUACUUUCUCUGAUCAUUUGUGUCAGCCUUUUUUUUUUUUUUUUUUUUGUUUAGCACUAGAGAGUUGAAGCGAUGUGUUUCCUCAAUCAGUCUUUCUCUUUUUUUUUUGCCUGUCUUUAUAUCAUGUCUCUCAAAUGUUGGAAAGGAAUGCACUGUUUUCAACUUUUUUUCUUUUUUGUCCACUGCAGUGUAAUUCGACACCAUUUUAAGGUGCUUAUUUAGCAGUUGGAGGCACCAGAUCUCCAAUACGUGUGUGUGUGUGUGUGUGUGUAUAUAUAUGACAUAUCCUUGAAGAAAUAUCUGCUUUUUCGACAGACAUCCAGAUAGUCUUUUCAGUAGCUGUGAGACACCACUUUCUUCACAAUGUUCGUAAAGUGAUAUGUACACCCAAAGGACUACGAUUUCUAACCUUGUUUUGUCGUCUGAAGUGGAAACCUUUUUUUCUUCUUAAGUGGUAUUCUGCCUUCUUUUGUUUUGUGUUGUUUUGAAAAAAAAGUUACUAUUGUGCAAUUUGUCAAAUGCACUUUUAACGUUUUGUGUUAAAGCCUAUCACACUUAAUUGUCCUCCCUCAAAACCAAAGCGAACAAAACUAUUUCUGAUCAAAACCUGAUCCGUAUCUCUGAAGAUUUGAAUUCAUCCACACAUUUAGGGAAACUUAUAUAGGACUUCACCCGUAAUGUUCACAAAGUUUAGCUCCCGUUUUGUUGAAAACGAUCAAGCUCUGGAUUUAAAAGCCAAAUAGCACUGAUGAACAAAACCCACGUUGACCCUGAAAAGUACAAAUGAUCUUUUAGUCUUACCGCUGGUGUUUUCUAGGGCUGGUGCUCUACGGUAAUGUUUGUAGCCUAAAUGCUCUUGAACAAAACCGAUUGCUAAAUUUUAUUCUUAAAAGCUCUUUGUGAUUGGUUAAAGGAAUGUUCUUGACCGCAUAAUAUAAAUUAGGGUUUGCUUUUAACACAAACCAAGCUCACUGUAACUUUACAAGAACACGGUUUAAGACUAGUCUGAUUGAAUAUAAUUUACUGUCUUUUUGUUAAAGCUGUAACCAAUUUUUUUCAUGUCAUGACAGAGAUGCAGUCCAGCCAACAACUCCACCAUAUUCAGCCGUUCAUCCACUAGAAAAGUAUUCCCACUUCAUAAAGGUCGAUUUAAACAAAUUUACAGCUUUGUGCUGCAUAAUUCAUGUAAGUGCUUUAACAAAAAUGCUUUUAAACCCUCCAGCACUCUUGACCUGUUUACUUCCAUUCCAAGUGUUACUGUAACUAUGAAUUUUGAUUUGUUUUUUUAAACAGAAAAAAAAAAAAAAAAACAACUGAGGGAUCAGUCCAAAUUAUUUUCAGCGGUAAUCAAUAUCACGCCAUCGAUAGAGCUUAGCUCGCAUUGAACCGGAACAUUCCUUUAAUUGAUCGCAGAGAAAAAAAGGAAAUGUGGGAACAUCCAAAAGGUACAAAGUUAUAAAGCACAUCUCCUGUGUAGAUAAGAAUGCUUUUUGAUUGAGUUCCGUUCCGGGUUUGUGUGUUCGUUUGCUUCAGCGCCGCUGUGGACGGUGGUUUCUUUUCAAGUGUCACCAGUGUUUGUUUUUCGACCAUUAUUCUUUACGACCAUUUCUACCUCAUUGCUACAUAUUGACAUGUAGUACUUAUGUUCUGUCUUUUUUGAAUGUCACACAUUUGUAUAAAAGAAAAUAAAAAAAAGGAAGAAAAACGUAUAAAAAGGAUUUAAAAGAACAAAAAAAAAAACCAACCCAUGAAAAAGGCUUGUUCUUUAACCUGAGCAGUCUACCUCAGAGAGACUGUCUGUCCGUACACUGAGCAGUGGAGUAGCUGCACAUACUGAAAAAGACACAUUAGGCAGAGACGAUGCACACUGACCACACCAACUCCACCGUCUGGGAUAUUGUGGACUGUAUAGGUCUUCUCCAAGGUCUCUACAUGCAAAUUUUUUUUUCUUUCGUUUCUCAAUCGAAGUAAAUCGCUUUCCCCCUUCGUGAACUGUAGUGUGCAUGUGGAUGUGUAUGUGUGUGUGCACUUAUUAUGAAGUGUGUAAGUGUGCAUUUUUCUAUAUGAAAAUUCUAUAUGAAAUGUAGGUACAUUUCAUAUACCAUAUUUGUACAUUAGAUACACUUGCACAUUUGUGUACUUAAUGUACAUUUGUUAUUAGUAUAACAUUUUGAAACGCACCACAUACAUGUUAAUAUGUGUGUGUAUGUACAAUAUUGCCAUAAUUACAUUCAACGUAAAUGUAUUUUCAUGUAUGCAUAGGGACAAAGGACAAUAAAAGAUCAUUCAAAUGCUUUUGAAACGUCGUGUUUUAUUUUUAGUUUUCUAUUGCAUUCCAGAUGCAUCACAAUUUUAGUUCAAAUCUCUCUACGAAUCUGUUUUUUUUUUUUUUUGCUUUUCUCUAUUGAAAUGAAAUGACAUGGUAAAUGGAAAGGUGUAUUUGAGAGAGACCUAUACACUGCACAAUAUAUCGAACAUUAAGGGUUUUGUUUCCUGCUGGUUUUUGUGAACUUCCCAUUUGUGGAAAAAAUGAAUAAAAAGUUACUCAUAACUGAGCACCAGCACAGAC